AUGUAUCAUCGAUUAUCUCAAUUGGUUAUAUUAGGAUGUUUUAUGAUUUAUUUUACUGAAUCAAGUUUAACAUUUAAUGGAACAACUACGAAUAAAAUUUUUUGUUAUUCAUGUAAAGGUAGUCUUUGUGAAACAAUUUUAAAUGAAGAAGAUAAUGUAAUUACGUGCAAUAAACAUACGCAAUUAUGUUGGUCUGGUUUUGUUGAUCAACAACCAUAUCGAACAUGUGCAAGUCGUUAUUGUACACCGAAUGGUAUUUCAAUGGAUAGUGAUAUUCGCAUUGAAGCAUGUUGUCAUACUAGUUUAUGCAAUUCUGUUCCACUUUCUUGGUCGAUAUGGAGUAAAUGGUACAAAAGAAAUCCAACCCAAAGUCCUGAACUAAAAACUUCUGAACCAACAAAAGCAACUACGAAACAAACAACAACAAUAAAAACUAUUCAAGUAACAACUCCUGUUCCACCCAAAUUAUAUAUUGUCAAUGAAAUAGUUAAUAAUGGAGAAACUCCAUUAAUAUAUAGAGAUGAAAUUAAUGAAAAAGGUGAUACACUUUUGUCUAAAUUACAAUUGAAUGCAAGUAAUCCCGAUACUUUUGGUAUUCAGUGGGAUCGUGUACCAUAUGAUACAGGCUUCAGUAAUCGUAUUGUAUCAUUGAGUAAACUAGUAAUUCUUCUUUUACCAAUUUUGUUAGUUUUAUUAUUUUAA